AAGUAGAUUGUCACGCCGUGUAGACGUAUAUUUCGCUGCAGCGCUGCUAACGCGAUGUCCUUUUGUUUGUCAACAAAUAGUUAACUUUUUAAAUGUUAUGCGAGUGAUUUAGAUAACAAAAUGUGUGUUCGGUGAUUAGUUUUAUGUUAAUAUUUUUUAAAAUGAGAACGCUUAAAGUUUAGUGCAUCGAAAUGGAUGGAGUGAACGCAGAUUCGGAUCAUUCUAUGUCUUGGGAAGACUUUUUCGGAAGUACAACAGACCUCACACCCACUCUCAUUGGAAUAUACGAUGCCCUCCUCGAGCCAACAAAGAGUUUAAGGCCGGAUGCGAUCCGUCUAGAAACAGCCAAAGAUGCUAGAAACGACCCACCAGUACAAAACAUUCCAAACACUAUGACAGAAGAUAAGGACAGCGCGAAAGCAGACGUUUGCUCCAGCCCACCAAAGGACCCAUCCAAAAUCGCGGGCAGCGUCAAACUUCCCAUUGCCUCGCUUAACAAAAGUUCUCUUUACAACAUUCGAACUAAAAGUGAUAACAAUGGUGCUAGUGAUAAAUGUGACUUUACCAGUGAUGUCGAUGUUAAAGACAAACCGCAAAAGGUGUUCAAAGAAACGAAAACAGAAACGGCAUUCGAUAACCUUUCACCGAACGUUAAACGAAUGCUGUCCAGCGCGUCGGAGACAACAACGUUGCGAUUUCAAAAGAGAACAAUCAGUAUUGCUAGAUCAUCGACACGUAAAUGUAAUAUUCCUUUAGUAGGAGCCACUUCCAAAAUAUCUCAGUCCGGUGUCGAAAUUUUACCAUCAGUAGAAAUUUAUGAUCAGCCGUGUGGCCUUAAAUCGUUUGGUAAAAGCACGGAUGAAAAAGUUGAAUCUCCACAAAAAUUUAAUAAACCGGAGUUUAAAAUUGAUGAGCCAGAAACAUAUGACGUCCCAACAAAUAAUCAACUGGCUAUUUACGAUGUACCUAAUAAUAAUAAAACCGCUUUCGAAUCAUUAUCCUUGCCAUACAUCGAUCAAUCUAUCGAACUCUCUAUAUCUUCAAAUGAUAGAGAAUUCGAUAUUAAACUGUCAUCAAAAGAUAAUUCUCCAUUAAAACCAGAAAAGACAUCCACACCUGAGUUGUCACCGGCGAAAUUUCCAAAAACAAAUGAUGUAAUUAGCACUCUGCCUAGAAAAGAACCCAAAGAGGUAUCCAAACAGCUCAUGAAAUCAGGUCCUUUUCCGCAAGGAAUAGGAUCGACGGGUAACUUGAAAUUGGGACCUGAGAAAGAAGUUGUAAGACUCAAUCCGCCUGUACAAGUAACUAGACCGCUUUCUAUGAGUUCCAUUGCCUCGUCGAGCUCAACGUCAAGCAGUGGUGUUCAAAAUAAGGGAGGAGUGAACUCUGCAUACCUAGCUUCGAUCGAGAGUUUGGAUGAUCAUAGCGAUGCGGACAUGACAUCUGCUAAUGGAAGCAAUAACUUUGUUAAUAACGCUGGUAUGUUGAAAGCGAGCAUAUCAGAAGAGAGUCGAACGGAGACAAUACCAAGGCAAAAUAUAUUCGAGGAGCUAUCGGGACUGUCCCAGCUGGAGAGAGUGUGCGCUGAAAUAGUACAGACUGAAAACGUUUACGUGGAAGAUUUGCGACAAGUGGUCGAGGGAUACCUGCAUGUAUGGCGACGGGACUCGACGUUUUCUGAUGAUGAACUAUCAGAGCUGUUCAACAACAUCGAAGAUAUUUACGCAUUUAACAAAUCACUAUGUACAGAGCUAAACUCGUGUCGGCUAGACGCCACCUGCAUAGCGCGGUGCUUCGUAAACAACACUGCCGGUUUCUCGGUAUACACCUCCUACUGCACCGGGUAUCCUCGCACUAUGGAGAGGCUGGCAGCACUGGCCUCGAAGUCGCAGAGCGCGAGAGAGUUCAGGGAGAGACAGCUGGAGUUGAACCAUCCUCUGCCGCUGGCGUCUUAUCUGCUGAAGCCUGUGCAACGGAUCUUGAAGUAUCAUCUCUUAUUGCAGAACGUUGUAAAGCAAUGCGCGUCGUGCGAGACAGAGUACGCGCUACUCAAGAUGACAGGGAUAGCGCAACACAUCGACGACAUGAAGAGACGGCACGAGCACGCGGUCAGAGUACAAGAGAUUCAAUCAUUGCUAUACGGAUGGAACGGGCCGGACCUGACGACAUAUGGAGAGCUGUGCGCCGAAGGGACAUUUCGAGUUUUCGGCGCGAAGGCGAUGCGACACGCCUUCCUCUUCGAUAAAAUGUUGCUAGUGACAAAAAACAGGGAAGACGGGAUACUUGCAUACAAGUCACAUAUAAUGUGCAACAACAUGAUGCUAGUGGAAUCUAUAGCGGGUGCGCCUUUAUCGUUCCACGUUAUACCGUGGGACGCGCCGAGAGCACAACUAACACUCCAAGCCAGGUCACCGCGGCACAAGCGAGAGUGGACCUUAUUGCUGAAGCGGGUCAUACUUGAAAACUACAAUGCGGUUAUACCGUCGCAUGCGCGUCAGCUUGUAAUGGAACUGGGGCAGAAUAAAACUGAUGAUGACAUUCUAGCGGAGAAAUCACACAACUUAAUAUCACAAGCGUCGAUGCGGAAACAACUCUCUGCGCCCGAGUAUCUCGAAAAAAGGAAAUUAGAACGUGAAAGACGAAAAUCAUUCGAAAACGGCAUACGAGGACGGCUAAAGAAAAACAGGAAGAAUGUAGCUCCAAAUUCCAGAGACACGAGCCAAGACUGCGACUGCGCCCAAGUUUCCCUCGAAAAAGGCACAGACUAUACAUGCGACAAUUGUUAUAUUGAUCUGUGCUCAGAUUGUGAAGUCGAACUGGCCAAAGAUAAAUGUAACUGCAAAAACGACGACGCUUCUGCGGAAAAGUGCCCUGAAUGCGAUAGAUCACUUCAUUACAUUGAUUCUGGAAGUGUUGAACAUAUAGAAAGAAAGCCCAGUUGCAAAUGCUCCGACUUUAAGUCGUCUCAAGAAAGUGUAAGUAAAGAAUUUGCUGGAUCACUAAAUAAAACAAGAAACUUCCACUCCUCUGAUAAUAUCGUUGGUUAUACUGAAACGAAGAGCAAGGAAGAUCUCACUGAUAAUAUGGGUGUUAAAAGACAGAAAACGUGUCUGAAAUGUGCGAAGAUUAAAGAAAAUAUACCAAUGACUGAUUCUAUGGGAACAUUGCAUACGCGGAAGUCAAGGUGUAUUGAUAACGAUAAACAUAAAACGGAUACUUUAAGGUCAAAGUCCAAAGACGAUCCACAAAGAUCCAAACUUUCGAAAAUUGGUACCUGGCGGCGAAAAUCUGAACCGGGAUUGCAACAAAAUGCGCAAGCUUUUCUUGCAAAGCGAUCUCAAGAUAGUGACAGUGAAAGAAAUGAUGGCCGAAACGAUAAGAUCGAAUUCGAAUGCCGCAAUUGUGGUUCAAAUAAAAUCAGCAAGAAGAUGAAGUCUAACGAAAUGAUUUCAGAUAAUGAAACAGAAAAUAGAAAGCGAAACUUAAUAUCGAAACAAAACAUUGAAAUUAAAAUGUAUAACACUAAAAACAUACCCAAGAAAAUAUCGAAAAUAAAAAAGAAUAGAGCGAAAGGCCGUUUUGGUACUGAUACUACGACAAGAUUCUACACAGAUUUUUCAAGCGACGUAUCAACAGAGAAUAUUUUGCACAUAUCAGAGUCGAAUGAUAGUCUCAAUAUUGCUAAGCCAAAAAUAACAACGCAAAUCUCUUUACCGGACAAAAUCAGCAAAGAUGAAGACAUUGAUGAAGAAACGUAUAAAAAACUAAUCGAGAAAACAGACUCAUUCAAAAAGAACGAGUUAGAAAAAGUGAAGUACUUAAAUAAGCAAAAAAUAAUUAACGAAGGUACUGAGAUUGAGGAGAAAUCUACUGAUGUGCAAUUACACGAUGACAUCCAAGAGAGUUGCGAAGAAAGUGAGCAGCCGUUGGAACAAAUCAUAUCUCAACUUCUAAUGCAAAAUAGGGAAUUUCAAAAGUUAUUGAAAAAGCAGCAACAAAGAAACAGCGCUCACAGAAGACAUCAAAGAUUAUUGAAAUCUUACUCGAUACCUGAUCAAGAAAUACUUGCACGAAGCGAUCUAGCUAAAUUAAAACCAAAAUUUACGCGGCAAAUGUCGGAAAAUCUAGAACUUUCUAUUGACGAAGAUAAUAUGGAUGAUAACGAAAACGAAACGGUCGAAAUAGACAAAGAGAACGUUAUGUCAGACGAUGAUCACAUUUAUGAAACGCUGAGAACGGAUAAGCGCGUUGAUGAAAGUUUACACGCACUGAAUAAUAAAAGUAAAAUAAUUCAACAUCAUCCUCAUUUGUCUAUUAAAAAAUCACCACCGAGCUCCUUGACCCAAAUUGCUACAGAAAUUCCUAGAAUAGGUCCCGAAUCUGAUUAUGUUUAUUUAUCGUUUGAAGAAAUUAAAAAGCAACGAGAUGCAUUAGACGACGGUAUUUAUGACGUGCCUGUUAAAACACCCGAAAAAGUGGCGAAUCCACAUAUACAAAAUAAGCGAAAAAGCUCGGAUUAUUAUGUAACUAUGGAAAAUCAAGGACCACCAGCUAUUGCUAAUGACGAAAACCUUUACGAUAAUUUAAUAGACGUUUGCAGAAGAAAGAAAGAAGUGCCCAAUACUUUACCUGCUGACUAUUUACCAAUGAGUCCAGAUCACCAAAGUCCAAAUACACCUGAGAUAUGGUUGAGUCGUCAGAAAGAUCAUUUUAAUGUAUCAAGAGAUAGGAAGUCCGGUUCGCUACCACGAAGCUUCCAAGUACCAACUGGUCAAGAUGAAACUAACUUAACUACAUUCAAAUGCAAGCCUAACAGCAACAGUAAAACUUAUUUAAACAGAGAUGGAAAAGUAAUGAGCGUCGAUAGACCAUUCACAAUUGCAGCAGAUCAAAGUGAAAUAAGUUAUGAUGACGUAGAAGCGUAUAUGAGUGAAAAUGACAUAUUAAAAUUUAAUAAGAGCACCAAGUCUACCGAUGAUUCUCAAAACAUUAGUAAAUCAACACUAGAACUUGAAGAAGAAAUCGAUCGAUGCUAUAAAAAUAAUUUUGAAAAGAUUAAAUUAGAUGCUAAUAAAAAUGAAAACAUACUAAAUAAUUCUCAAGCCAACUUGGACAUAUCAGUGACAUCAUCGUGUGAGGCCUUAACCAUUCAGCAAAAUAACACAAAAAAUGUGGACGUUAUACAUCCAGAACAUAAAAUUUAUAAACCAAAUGGUAAUGUGCUAUCACUAAAAAAUGUCUUAAGUCGCUUCAAAAAUCGCACCCCACCUAAGAAUGAAGAAACAGAAAUAAAUGCUAACGAAGCUAACAAUCAAGAUAGAACUGAUCUAAAGAUUCCAACCGGUGAAAAAAGAUCUGCUUUGAAUCCAAGGAGUUAUUCCAAAAACUUGCUCCAAAGAUUCCGAAGCAUUAUAGGCGACGAACAUUCAGAUGACAACCAAAAUAAAAUCGAACCAAAUAAAACGCCCAUGCCAUUCGAUGCUAACGAAAUUAAAGUUAUCAUAACAUCAACGGACAAUAGUCCAACAACUUCGACUAUUCUUUAUUCCGUUAACGCUGAUGCUUUGAGCAGAAGUGUUUGUGAAAAGAGUACUAUAAAUGAAAAUCAAAUAGAGAAAAAUAAUUUAGAAGCCAUGUCACAUAGUUGUGAUAAUCUUAGUCAAAAGCCUGUAUUAUUCAGACCUCCAUAUGAAAAAAGUAUGAGCAUGGUAACUUCAAUAUCAAGUUCGAUAAGCAGUACGCCUUCGCCUUCAAAAUCAAAUAAUAGUUCCUAUCAAAGUUUAAAUAAACUGCCUAUUUACAUGCAGGGUAGCAAGCAUCUAGGUGCACGAAUAGCCCAGUCAGACUACGUAGAUCCAACAACAUUGCUCAGUGAGAAAAACGGAAUGAAAAACAUCAAUGUUCUAAUAAACAAAAAUGCAGUUCGACCCGAUAGCUUAUUCUCGAAUUCUUCAUUUGUUACAUCAUCAAGUGAAAGUACAUAUCAAGAACCGCCUAAUAAAGUAACCGUAUGCCAAACAGUUGUAACUGAAUCGGUUGAAUCGAGCCAUGUUAAUUCAGACGAAAGCUUUUACGAGAAAACAUUUGAGAAGAUUGAACAUUUCACUGGCGAAGACGUGUUUAGAGAUUCAGCUGUUUAUUCCGAUCAAGAAGAAAUGGUGGAAAAGGAAACUGAAAACAAGGUACUGAAUAAACCGUUAAAUCGAGUUGAUAGUAUGAAGCGCAGCUCUUCAUUUAAAGCUAAUAAAACUCUUAUAGCCAGCAUUUCAGAAAAAGCUACUAUUCAAACUGUUACUACAAGUAAAGUUCAAAGUGUUAUGACUAGUAAUAAAAGCAUCACUUCUAGUACGGAAAGAUCAGUUAAAAGUAAAGUAGCUCCUCCGGUACCAAUAAAACCUAAGAUUGCACAAAUACCAUCAGUUGCAACUACCCAAACUAAAGUUAUUGCAAAUAAAAACUUAAGUAAGAAUAAAGAUCAACAUUCAUCCGCAGAGUCUGUGAAUACUCGAACAAUUAAACGAAACACAACUGUGAAACCAGCAUUUACACGUUCAGAUUCCACUCCUUUGUCGAAGAAUGAAGAUAAAUUAAAAAGUAAAUCAGAAACAAAUGCUGCAAAAGACACAAAACAAGAAACGAAAGAACCAAAAGAAGAAGAAAAGAGUACUAUACAAAUGACUAGACUAACAUUCGAACGAGCAAGCUUAGAUUCAGCUACACGUAAACGUGUAGUAGAAAACAAGAGAUCAUCGGUCGAACAGCCAAAAACGAAAUCAGUCUUAGAGAGGCGAAUGGAGAUAGAACAAAUGGCGAAAACACAAACAAAGACAAUACAAAAUAAAAAGCCGGCACAACCAGUGAAACCCAAGUCUAUCACAACCAAAGUAGCCUCCUUUGAAAGGAGUAGUACUGAAGUGAAAGAAACAGGUACAGUAAAAAGCAACAUUCCCGCAAAUAAAAACAGUAUUAAUGAACCCGAAACCACCGACGAGCAAAAGGGAAGCUGGGUUAAGCAAGUAGUCAACAAAUUUCAGUGAUCGAUACUGAACAUUUAAAUUUUAAAUAAAUCCGUCUCAAUUUUUCACGCCCUUAACCUCUUUGGAGUAGCACCUUGUUAUAUCGUUGUAAAUAUUUCUUUUUUAUAUCAAACCUUCUUGGCUUGAUGUUUUGUGCCAUAGACAAGGUUAUAUUUUUAUAGUAUGGCAACAGCACAAACACACACUCGCACAUUUGUAUAUAAAUGUAUUGUUAAUAGAUUUAUUUUGCUAUAUCAUAUUUAUUGAAAAGUGCCAUCAUACAAGCACUUAUGUUCAUCAUAAUAUAUUUGCAAAAUAUAUUUUUUCGUGCAAUGAAAUACUUUGGAUACUUAAAAUAUUUAUUUUUUUAGGUCAUAAUCUUUGUUGUGUAGCUACUAACACCAAAAAGUAGUUUGUUUUAGUUUAAUUUAGAACUUUCAUUUAUUUUAUGUCUUUUUGUUAAUUAACAUUCACUUAAUUACUUAAUUUACAACUACAGUUACUAGCGAAUAUAUUUAUAUAAUUUCGUGUAUUUGUAAGAUGAUAAUAACAAUUGAAUUCAUAAACUUACUUUUAAUAGAUACCUUUUGAAAAACUACUUUCGCAUGUAGGCAUAUGUUGCCAGAUAUACUAAACUACAAUAACAUUUAAUAAUCUGUGCACAUUUUUAGCCUGUGCCUGUACUCUGUAGAAAAUAUUAUAAGUUUUAAUCUUUUGAAGACAAGUAUACUUAAUAUGUGGAGACUGUUAGGAAUAAGUUUAAUUUUUCACAUAAAAAUAAACUGAACUAACCUUAGUAUUAUUGAAAUCUCAAAAAUUGUAUUCAUUAUUUAAAUGUAUCUAUCGAAUUAGAAUAUAAAUUGUAUUGUUUAUGAUUUAUGAAUGUUAUUGCAGUAAGAACUUUUUUGGGAUUUGAACAUUCAAUAUUGAACUUAAAUUUAAUGACAUUUAUUAUCAAACUUCUUGUAUGUUAUGUUUAUUUUUAUUAUCCUCAUUACUUCGUUUUCAACACUGCUAUGUAAUAAUGUUCAUAACAUAAAUAGAUAUUUAAUCGCACAUAAUAUGCCUUAAAACUAUACAUCUAUUUUCUAUGUAAUCAAGCCUUAAAAAGUGCAAAAAUAUUGUAGUUUUUAUAAUUUGAUAUCGAAUGAAAAAUUAUAUUCGAAAGGGCUACUAUAAUAUACUAUUAAUUAAAAAAAAUAACAAUAAGUAAGGAACGAAAGAACUGAAAAAUAAU